GACUUUGCUGCAUAUACUUUGCCUCCAUAUCAGCAAUAAGACAUGGAUUACACUCCGCUCUUAAUGGAAGGUUUAACGCCUGAAAUGGAAAAAAUAGCAGAAAGAGAACUUUGUGAGACAUCGCUCGUAAAGAAGGAGUCCUUGGCAAAAAUUAAAGAACUCGUAGAACGUAAGUUGAACUGGAAGGAAGCUACAAUCGAAGAUCUGAUGGCAACCUCUCUCACAAUCAUAUGCAUUCUGUAUCGACUGGAAGCAUGUUCUGUGUGUGGCUGUGUCAUUGUCAUCGAUCACACAGACGUUACCUUGCAAAUAUUAUUUAAAAACAUAUCGCCCAAGUUCCUGAUCUUCAUCUUCAGUUGCUUACAAAACUGUAUUCCUUUACGGAUCAAAGGAGUGCACUUAGUCAAUGAACCCUGCUUUUACCAAAUAUUUUUCGAAAUUAUAAAAGUUGGUAUACCGAAAAAGCUAAGAGAAAGGAUGUUCUUGCAUGGAAGAAAGAUUGAAAGCCUCCACAAGUUCAUUCCUCCUGAAAUCCUUCCAAAUGAGCUAGGUGGCAAGACGGGGCCCUUCGACAGCACAGAAAUGUUCAACUAUGUUUUGGGGCAUGAACCUCUCGUUGAAGAGAUGAAUAAAUGUGGAUUUAAGAAGUGAACAUUCAGAAAGAUUGGAUAAUAAAUAAAUGUAGCUAUCAUUUACUCAGUUUUGAUAAGCGAUGUCAAUUCUAUCAAUUCAUUUUCG